CCGGUUUGGAUGAGCAUGUGAAGGCAGCAUCUUCUCUGUCUCUCGCAGCUAUACUUUUAAAACCUACUUUUUUACUUACUACCCCAACUGAAUAAGAACGUAUCUUUCGGAAUCAGAACCCUGAUGACUUUAGCAAGAUGUCGAAAUCUACAAAACCAUCAAGAAAGUCUGAGAUCGAUGUCCCCCACGCAAGUAGCACUAGCAGAGCGCUGUUAGCCGACAUAGCUAAAUUGCUAGAGGAACACAGAGCUAGCAUGGCGGCUGACUUCAAAACAACCUUUGCGGCUUUGGAGCUGAGACUUGAUAAAAUGCAGGCGACAGUGACGGAACACGGUCAACGCAUGGGCUCGCUGGAAUCUAAUGCCGACCUGCAGGACCAGCGACUCCAAACAUUGGAGGAAAGAUGUGCAGCUCUAGCUGAGAGCAACAACAGGCUAAUGGCAAAGGCCGCGGAUCUUGAGGGCCGGAGCCGCAGAAACAAUAUUAGAAUCAUCGGCCUCCCAGAAUCUAUCGAAGGACCAUGCAAUGUUUACAUGUAGUGUCUAAAUAACACUAGAUGUUUUAAAAUCUCAUUGUCUAGUCAACUUGGAAGGGUUAAAUUUAUGUUUAGCCACUUUUGCUUUAUUUUACUUUACCUAGCUCAGGUUGAAUAAUGGUUAUACUUGUACGAAGCUAAUAUAUUAAUUGCAAUGUUUUUACACUUGUUCAUUCUGUGGUGUUAUAGUUUAAAAUAGCCCUACAUAUAGAGGGUAAUUGGUUAAUGAUAGUUACCACGGUUAAAGGGGCUCUCGUCAGAAGUAAUUUUAAGAUAUUUGGAUGUGUCUUUGUUUGAAAUAAGAUAAGGUGUUUCGAGGUUCAUGUAUGGUUGAAAGAGGAGGGCGACCCUGCUGUACACACUCCUUAAAUCAAAAUUUUUAAAUGCUUUUUAGUUCUUAAAGGUGACAUAUCAUGCAAAAUUGACUUUUUAAUGGUUCUUUACCUGAAAUAUGUGUCCCUGGCAUGUCUACAAACCCCCCGAGAAUGAAAAAAAUCAAAGCCAAUUGGCCCAACACUGACCUAGUCCAAGCAUGCUGUCAACCAGGGCGUGAGCAGUCAACUCCCACCGCUCUCGGUGGUAGUUUGAGCCAUACAUAGCGACUUUGUAUAUUUGCACAACUAUUCUGCACAAAACAUUUCUAUUUGCACUUCCUUUUUUUGUUUUCUUUUUUGUUUUCUUUAUUUUAUUUAUACCUAAGUUAUUUUGAUUUAUUUUGAUCAUAUUUUACAUUAUUAUUAUCACUGUUCUUUUAUUUGGAUAUUAUGUAUACAUAUGUAUGUUUCUACUUGUCUGUUUCACUGUGCAACAUGUUUGCGGGAGGGAGGGGGAGGGGGGAGGGAGGGAUGUUCUUGUGUGUUAAAAAAAAACAAAAAACAAAACUAUUGUACGAAACAACACUGUGAUUUAUACCUGCCUUUUGAAAAAUAAAUAUUAUAAAAAAAAAAAAUUUAGCAACUUCAGUUCAAUCGGUCAAGCAGGACAGGAACUACAGAUAAAAGUUGUAGAAGAUUAUUGUUGGAAACUUCUUUAUAGAAGCUUAUUCCAGCAACUGCAGCCUGUGCUGAAACAAACUGAGACAAUGGCUGCAGUAAAUAGGAGAUGAAGCUGGAAAAGAGGAAGUAGCUGAGGAACCAGAGUGUCGACUAGCCCCGCUGAUCAUCCCAAGCUUCCCGACAGCAAGAGGAGAACAAGAUGGUAGCAGUUCCAAUUCCAUACCCAUUGAACUGUACCGAAAAAGCAGCAAAGGACCAGUUCAAGAGGGAGGUACUGGCAAGGAAUCUAGACAAGCUCUACUACGAUCUCAACAACCUUAAUAGAAGAUCAAACCUAAUUUUUCAGACCUCAGAUACACAUGCAUGGAGGAAAGUAAUCAAGAAAAAAUAUCCUGAGUUAGAGGGAACCGAUCAAAAACUUAAGUUCACAUAUGGCACCAUAUGUGUGUUCGAGAGUGGAAAGUUUGUUGUGUAUGGUGAGUUUAUGGGCAAGUUUCAGAGAGAUUUUGAAAAACUUAAAGCAGCUGUGUUCCUAGAAAUGUUAGAAGACCUCACUUUAAGUGAUAAAGAAGGUAGUGAUGAGUCUAAGGGUAAGCCAAGCCAAGCUGAGGCCGUGGGCAAUAGCGACGAAAGACAAGCUGAGGCCUCAGGGGAGAGUGAGCCAAGCCAAGCUGAGGCUGUGGGCAAAGGUGAGCCAAGCCAAGCUGAGGCUGUGGGUGAGGGCGAGCCAACCCAAGCUAAGGCCGUGGGCGAGGGCGAGCCAACACAAGCUGAGGCUGUGGGCGAGGGCGAGCCAACCCAAGCUGAGGCCGUGGGUGAGGGCGAGCCAAGCCAAGCUGAGGCCACCGGCAAGAGCGACCAAAGACAAGCUGAGGCCGUAGCGAGGGCAAGCCAGGCCAAGCUGAGCUCACCCCAACCAGUGGGGAUUAAAGGGGAAGUAAAAAAGAGGGGUAAAACUCAAUCAAAACGGUCAUAGAUUUGUGACAGUUAGUGGUUUUCCCUUAGUUUAAACUGGCCUACUGGGUUUGUGAAAUUUUUGUUUUUUACUGUUUUGAAAUUAUUUUUCACAUACCAUACUUUUUAAAAUUCUCUGGUUCUGGUAAUGUGUUUUUUUGUGUGUAAAAAGUAAAUCAUGUUAAAGGGAAUGUAAUGAUACUGAAUGUUCUGUUUUCUGAUUGCACGCUCAGACUCCAGACGACACCAGAGCCAAGGAAUGAUUUCUCCUUCUGCUUUAAACUUUGCUUGUUUAAGAUGAUUCAGUGGUCUUUGUAAUUAAAAUGACUUCAUGUAAAAAAAUAAAAUUAAAAUGACACUCAUU